ACUUUCAUUCAUCAUCUUCUACUUUUUUUCCUCUAAAGUUCUCCUUUUUCACCUCUUCACUCCAAUGGGUUCUAGUACCAAUACUAGUAUUGGAUCUGCUCUUUCUUUCAUUUGAUUCAUUCUUCUAUACUUUCUAGAUUCAAGAUGUAUCCUAGAUUGAUACACCCCCACGAUGGAAUUGUUGGACAAGAUGAUCUGCAAUCUGGUGUUGCUGCUGUCAAUCAUAAGGGUGAUCCUUGUCUUGUUUUGACUGCUGAUCCAAAACCUCGUCUUCGUUGGACUCAAGACCUUCAUGAACGCUUUGUUGAUGCUGUUACUCAGCUUGGAGGUCCCAGUAAAGCUACACCAAAAGCAAUCAUGCGGACAAUGAACGUCAAGGGCUUAACUCUAUUUCAUUUAAAGAGUCAUCUUCAGAAAUACAGACUUGGUAAGCAAUCAGGAAAAGAUAUAGGGGAGGGAUGCAAAGAUGGGAUGACAGGUUCCUAUCUUUUAGAAAGCCCUGGCACUGAUAACUCAUCUCCAAAGUUACCUACAUCCGAUACAAACGAGGGUUACGAAAUCAAGGAGGCGUUAAGAGCACAGAUGGAAGUGCAAAGUAAAUUACAUUUGCAAGUGGAGGCAGAGAAGCACUUGCAAAUCCGUCAGGACGCAGAGCGAAGAUACAUGGCUAUGCUUGAAAGAGCUUGCAAGAUGCUGGCUGAUCAAUUUAUAGGUGCUUCUGUUAUAGACACAGACAACCAAAAGUUCCAAGGAAUUGAAAAUAAACCACCAAGAGCUCCCUUGGUUGACCCUCUUGGCUUUUAUUCCUUGCCGUCUACUGAGACGGCCGGAGUGAAUGUUCCGGAAGAAGAAAUCCCUCCAACCCUCCCACCCCAAAGAGCUGAUUGCUCAACCGAAAGUUGUUUAACAUCGCACGAGAGCUCUGGAGGAUUGACUCUAGAAGGAUCUCCAAGUGCAGGGAAAAGAAGAAUGCUAGGCAUGGAGUCAAUGGCGGCGCCUUUGAUUUGGAGUGAAGCAAAGAUGAAAGCUCAAGCCAUCAAUAUAGGUCAAGGUAAUCAUCAUCUUGGAAUAACUAGGUAUGGCAUGUAAGCAUGAAAGGGUUCAAUAUCUCAUAAUAUAGAGAUACACCAUUUUGCUUCAUUACUUUUAUCCAUUUUGUAAAUUAAAACUACUCUAUGGCUUCAAGCAUUUCAUAAAACUAGCUUUGACCUUACAAAUGGCAUCUUUUUGUUAUUUAGUACUAAAUUGAUAUACAUUUCCACAUGUUGUGGUCAA